CCCAGCGUGUUGUAAAAUUUGGAGCGAAAGAUCUUGGAGGGUCUCAACCAAGAGCCACAACACAAAUGGGCCUCGUCGCCUAGCUUUUAGCCGACCAAACCUUGCUUUUGGUGUAUUACCAACAUCAGCACUCACCAAAAAUAAAAGGUCUUUCCAUCUUCCACACAGCUGACCUUUGAGGACGGGAAAAUGGCAGCAAUUCCAUCCAGCGGUUCCCUUGUUGCCACCCAUGAUUACUACCGAAGGCGCAUAGGAUCUACAUCUAGCAACAGUUCCUGUGGCAGUUCGGAGUACUCUGGGGAGGUCAUUCCACACCCACCAGGUCUGGCACGACAGGACUCUGGUCACUGGUGGUCCAGUUUCUUCUUUGGGAAGCAGAAUCAAAUGGGGACACUCAAUGAAUUUGAAUCCCAGCAGAAGGCUGGCAUCUACACAGUGACAAAUGGUCAGGUGUCCUGCAUUGCCCGAGAGAUUGUGAUGAAGAGACACUUGAGUGAAAGUAGUGACUCCGGGAAGGAACCAGGAUCCCCGCUCCCCCCAUAAACAACCCCAAUCCAAUUCCACACCUGUACCUCUCAUCCAGGAGUCACCGUGGGCAGAAGCAGGCGACGGAGGCUCCAUUUUUUUUUUUUUUUUGUAAAAAUCGGCUGCUUUUUAUGUCAUGCUUCAUAGUGCACUUUUUUAUAUACCUAUGACCAACAUUGUAAAACUUAAUAGCAAAAAAAUGCUUUCCAUAUGACUUGAGUGUAUCACUGGGUGCACUUUGCAAUUGUAUUAUAUUUGCUAUAAAUAAAUUACUUACUGCAGCCAAAA